UAUAUAUAUUUAUAUAUAUGUGUAUGUAUGUAUAUGUGACUAAGUGCAUAACAGAUUAAGUGCAAAGCUUGCAUACGCAAACAGACUCCCCCAUACACACAACAGAUUCUUAUCUCAAAAUAUAAUAACUGCAAGUGUAAACAUCUCUGACUGCCACCCUAUAAAUAGACCAAAUUCAGCAGAAUUCCGUUGCAGUUGCUUCAACACAUUGACCGCGCAAGACUUUCCUUAGACAAAGACUUCAGGCUGAAAUUGAAAUCCAAUCUGAAUCAUUAUGGACGACCCAAAAGGAAAUACUCCAAGAACAUCUACUACUCAGAAAAGUGUUUCCCGUGAUCCAGCAACAAAAAGUGACGAAAGAGUUGAAAAGAAAAAACGGAGAAAUGAGAGAGAUGAAGGUUCCGGAUCAAGUGACGAAGGACAUGAUAGUACUAGCAGGUCUGUUACAAGAUUCAAAGCAUAUAAAGGCAAAGGAAGCAGAAAGGAAACAGAAGUGAUACAACAGCAAAAAGCUGUACUACACAGAUUUGAGUCUCAAUAUCGCUACUGUGAGGCGUUUAUGCAAGAUAUAUUUAAGGAGAGUUACCACUUCGAAUGUUUGGGAUUAAGUGCCAAUUCCAUUUUGCAAAAUAUCAAAGAGAAAGUCAGGAUCUUGCUGAAAUAUAUGAAAAAUCAUAAUAUUUCUAUUGAACAGGACCUUGAAUUGUUUCAAAAGAAACUUUAUGACAUAUUUGUGAAUAGCAAUCCAUACAAAUACAAGACCAUUGGUGUACCGAAGAUAGACAAAUUUCGUUCUGUUUGUCCGGUUGGAACCAGAGAAGCAAAGAUUGAAGAAUCAGGGGAAGACGUGUGCAAUAUUAUAUCGAAAAUUAUUGUCUUACAAGAUGCGGUGGUAACAUAUUCCGAACUUUGUAAGACAAUAUGUUGUGCGACAUCAGAUAAAGGCAGAAAUGAGGUUCAUUGCCCGUCUUCUGUUACUGAUUUUACCAGAAUUGGUCAAAAGUCUGUUCUGGCUACACUCCCCUUUAGACAAAUGAUUCUUAUUAUCAAUCCCUCUAGUUUAAAACUGAAAACACUUCCCUUGGGUUUUUAUAUGGUUUCGUAUUUACAACAUUCUACAUUUAUAGGUGUAGAAAUGUUUGGUAAAACCAUAUACCUUGUUGACUGGGAUGAUAAUGAAAUUAUCGAACAAUUCAUUACCAAAGAGUUACCUGCAGAUAUUGCUGUAGGAUCACAGAAUAGCCUGUUAAUAUCCUUUACCAAUAUUAACAGAGUUAUUUGUUACAAUCUCAAUGGCCAGCAGUUAUUUGAGGUAGAGGUCCAUUCUCUGGACCUUCCAGCCAACAUCGCUGUGUAUCAAAACCAUUUUUAUGUCCUACAGGGACAUAUUGUUUACAGAAUUUCAGCUACAGGUGGUGUUUCAACGAGAGAAAUUGGCAGGAGAUGUCGGUAUAUUUCUGUUGGCAAAGAUACCAUUUUCUUGAUUGAUUAUUUGUGUUUUCCUCAUACUAUUAAGACAAACAAAGACUUCUGGUCCAGGUUGUCAUACAACCAUCAGCUACAUAGCCAUAGUUUGAACAACUAUAUCUAUAUCGAGGAUUGCAACAAUAUCACAAAUAUUCUACCUAUGACAACAUCUUCUAUACUGAUGAUCUACAAGAAUAAAAAAGCUAUAUUUUUCACUGAUAUUGGAGGGAAAAUUAGCCAAAAUAUUUUAACUUUUGAUUUCUCUCCUUCUAUAAUUUGUAGACUGAACUCAAACAGCUUUCUGGUCUUUCAUCGUGAAAUGAAAAGACUUCAGUAUAUCACAUGUCCUGAACUAAACAAAGGCCCUUUAAUAAAGGUUCACGCUGAUUAUAUUAAAAUAUGUCAUAUGGUAUCAAACAGGUGUUUAGCUCUGACUACCAGUGAUAAUAAACAGGAGAUACAUAUCCUAUUGAUUAAGGAAGACAAAGUUGAUAUCAUUGAAAGAAUUUCUCUGGAACAUGAUAAUGUCACCAUUGCUGCAACUCCAAUUAAUUUUGUAGUCCUAGACAGAAGGAAAAAUAAACUGGUAUUUUAUUCCGCUUCUAGUGAAAAACUUUUUGAAAAAUACCUUCAAUUCUACGGCUACCCCCAUCACAUCCAAUCUGACAAUAUUUAUUUUUAUGUUUUCUUCAAAAAAGAGUCUGUUGUGAUAUGUUAUAAUAUACAUGGAGAAAUUAAAUGGCAAUGGAAGCUACCUUUCCCUGUUCACCCUCACAUUGCUAUUUUCCAAGGAACUGUUUACGUGCCGGACAUUGAACACAACAGGGUUCUUCUUUACGAGUAUUAUGACCAGUCUAGCUGUCGUUUACACGUAAAAACUCCUUACAUAAGAAAUCUGAAUAUACGACUUAAAGAAAAAGAGAAUGACAAAAAAACUCUGAUUGUCGAAAUAUGCCAUCUAGUAAAUGGACAGUUGGUGGUAUCUGACAUAAACAGUGAUUGCUUGUUAUACAUUUCUAACGAAGGAGAGAUUGUGUCUAGAUUAUCUCUGCCAUCGACAGCUACAGAUAUAUGUCGAUGGGAUUGUAAUCAGAUAGGUGUCACAUUACCCCUAGAGAAACAAUUACAGGUGAUUGGAAACCUAUCAAAGACAGUUAGAACCAUAUCGUUAAGUCACGCUUAUGUAAAGGUGUGUAAGCUGGGUAAAGGUCACAUUGUUUGUUAUUCUGAUAAACCAUCUCAAUUAGAUAUUUUAGCCAUUAAAAAUUAUAAUCAGGUUGAAAUGAUUCGUAGAAUUAAUAUCCCUUUUGUAGUAAAAUCAUUAGAAAUAGAAAAUGAAACUCUAAAUCUAUUAAUUGUUACUAGGAAUAAAGUAUUUCAGUACAACACUUCUAUUGAUAGUGUUGGCCAUAGUUGUAGGAAUAGUAUUAAGAUGAUCCCCAGGGAUUUCCUGUCCGGAGUAAAACACUCCCUUAAUUUCUCUGGAGGAUGUAUUGACAAAAUGUUUGUGUAUCUGAUAGGCAACAACCGUGUGCUUGCUAUAAAUGACCAUAACUUGGUGGGGAGAGACCACAUCAUGAAUAAUCAACUUAUCUUGUACAUUGACCUGCUAGAUGUAUUUUCUAGAAACAUAUGUGUCGGUGAGAUGUGGUCUUCUACAUUAUAUGUACAGGAUAUGACAGUUUCUGAUAAAGCUAGACACGUUAUUGUCCCUCCAGGUUUUGGAGAUGAAAAAUUAGUAAGGAUUGAUUGUCUGGUUAUUACUGAAAAUAACCUGAUAGCAGUGUAUGACAGUGAAAAUAGAAACAUUAAGAUAUUGACAUUUGACGGUCAACUUCUGGACUUUAUCAAGUUGGGAGUUAGUUCCGAGUUUAAGUCCGAUAUAAAUAUGUGUCGAUGGCAGUCAAAUACACUGAUUAUUACGACUAAAUUCCAACUGUUGACAUUAAAAGUGGAAUUUCCAUUGUCGUUGACAAUUUACCAGACUGAAAAUGUAUAUGAAUUUAUCGCUUCUUUGUCAAACAAUCAACUGGCGUGUCGUAGACGGGGAGAAGCAGGUACUUUGUAUGUCAUUGAAAUUGAUGAAGAAUUUUUGACUGUGAAUACAAUAAAAAAAUUGGAUGCAGGUAGGAUAUUAUUAGAGGGACACAUAGAUAGCGUCCAUGAUAUUAUAACUGAUGCUAAUGAUGUCAUCAUUGUCAACAAUAAAAGGUACUUUGUUUUCUUCAACACUGAUGGUGAACAUCUACAUUCAGUUAGACACUAUAUGGAUUAUUCCAGUAUUUCUAACACCAUGACAACUGAUAACUGUUAUUUGUAUGUCCAUGGUCGGUGGGAAAGAUAUUUUGGUGACAACAAAUAUAAUAACAUUUUGUGUUUCACACAAACUGGUGAAUACAGCAGAAGAUUUUUGAAUGACAGAAUUUAUAAAGAUGAAGUAAAUUUCAGUAGCAUAAACUGUAAAGGACCAAGGUUUGUUGGAAGCUGUUCGAACAUAAAUAAAUUGUAUGUUGAAGGUUUGUUUCAAGUUAAGCGAGAAAUCUUCCCUGUUUCUCGUUUGCUAACAGACAAAUGUCCUAUUCAAGUAAAAGACAUUGAUAUCUCUGAUGAAGGAAAAACGAUCGUGUGUGAGAAAGCCAAUAAUGGAAUUGUUAAAAUAUUUGAUAGAGAUGGGCAGAUGCUUUGUCACAAAGAUGUUAGAAGUUUAGUUGGUGGUGUGUGUUUUACAGGAGAAAGUGACAUAAUGGUUACAAUUCCUAAACGACAAGAAAUAUUUCAACUGAAGCAACAAGAUCUGGAGAAAUAUAAAGUUUGGCAAAGUCACGUACCUUAUGGUGUAAUAUGGAGAGCAGUGGCAAAUAUUUAUUGGUGCGUACAUAUUAACUUGAUUGAAUAUCAUCGCAUAAAGAUUGAUGGUGACCAACUGAAGGUUCUGGAAUCUUUGUCAUUAUUAAAUCUUGAUUCUGGUCUUCAUUUCCCUUUCAUUACAUCUCAGAUGAACAAAAAAAUAUUCAGUCAUGAGUUGAUUAAUAAUCUGGAACAGAGUCGGGGAGAUGGAGAAGGAAGAAAAGGUAAAUCAAAUGAAAUAGUUAGUAAAGGUAGAUUAAAGGUGCGAUGUGGUAAUUACAUAGCGGAGAGUAUGUCAGGAAUUGAGGAAGUAUCAGUGAAGAAACUGCCAUAUAGAACAGCAAUGGUUCCUCUUUCCAUUCCUACGGUGGAAGAACCUGUUGAUUAUCAUUACAAAUAUGACAGUAACGAUAGUAAAUUAAUUAAGUUGUACGACAAUUUCAGUGUGUUCAUGUUUAGAGACACAGUUACAUUAAUCUGCACAACAACAGGUGACAUACUUCAGCAAAAACAACUGCCACAACAACCAUCGAAACAACCACCAUCACUAGAUAUAUGUCGGUGGACAGGUGAACGUUUCAUAGUCGUCUGUCGUAAACGACUGAUGGUCUUCAACAGGGAUCUCUACCGUUUAAAAACCAUCAACACUGAGAAAUACUACAACAGGAUUUGUAAAUACAAUGACAAUCAACUGGUGUGUGGUGGUAUUUCUUUUAGCAGGGAAAGUUACCGUGUCUAUGUAGAUGUACUUGAUAUUGAUAUUGAUAAUGGGACGUGUGAACGUAAGAAUGAAAUGUAUAGUGAGGUGGUGAAGAUGCGGGAGUGGGAGGACGUGGGUGUGUGGAUGCGGAUGCUGAUGAGGAAGGAGGUAGGAUUGGGUGUGUUGGAUAUAGCAGUGACAUCUAGUGGUGAUGUUGUUGUUGUGAAGUGGAAGAAUGAUAGUCAGGAUGUCGUUGUCUUGUGGUACAGGGAAAAAUCGUUAGUCAAUAGUAUAUGCCUGCCAAAAUGUACAAAUUACCUGAAUUUUAAACACAGACCCUGUCUAACCACACUUGGUGACUAUGUUUAUGUAACAGACAGGCUUAACAAUAUUUAUCAAAUACCUGGAGAUAUUCCACACCAAACAUCAGAAGAUAUUCAUAAAUACUUAUUACUCAGGGACGAUGAUAACGAAGUCUUCCAAGUGCUUGGUUUUGAUAUUUCAGACAAUUCUUUCAUGGUUUUUGGAAUUAUUGCAGGACGCCAGUCUUUUGCUUUCUUUCAUUAUGAAAGAUAAACGUUCUCAUAAAUAUUGGGUUGUCCAGAAAGUUCAUGCCGAUUUAUAGUAGCUUACCUUUCGACUUAUUUUAGUACAUUGUUGAGUCCAUAAAAUAGGACCCCAGUUGAACCGU